AUGAGAUUGCCGGCACUUGUUGGUGCCUUCGCCGGCAGCGCCACACUGCUUCUGCCACUUGGGCUAUCCGUGCUGCGGGCUGCGGGCCGAGGGCGCUUCGACGUCGAAGAGGCGAGGCCGGCGGUGCCCUCGACGCCCCAAACGACCACGAGGCCGAGGCCCUCGACGAGGCCCUCGACCACGAGGCCGGCAGAGCGCAAGUGGCCGCUCCUUUCGAGGCCGCUCUUUCCUGUCUUGAAAGCCUUCGACGGCUCUGUCAUCAACAGGAGAGACUACCGAAGAGACUUCGGCCAAAUCAGCCGCAAAAACAAAGCAAUCUUCGUGCAUGUGCCGAAGACUGGUGGGAGCACGAUCGAGGACUCCGGUCUGUUCGAAGAUGCCCAGCCAUUUCACAACACCAAGGGCCACAGCGACGCGGAAAUGCUGAGAGGACUCGCUCCCGGCUUUCGGAGCUUCACCAUGGUGCGACACCCCUGCGAGCGAUUCGUGUCUGCGUGGACAUAUAUUCACACGACAGAUGCACCGCAGCCGGAGCGGAAAUGGUACCGGAAGCACAUGGGGCACGGCAACCUCACCACCUACGUUGCCUCGAAAUUUUUCGGCAGUAGCACCUUCUUCGGGUUUUUGCAUUUCAUGCCGCAGCACCACUUUGUCUUCUUUCCCAACCAGACGUUUGGAGUGGAUCUCCUUCUGUGUCAAGACAGCUGGACGAGAAGUAUCGAGAGGUUGCGCGAGUACUUGAAGCCCGUAGUGGUCCCUGCAGAUAUCGCGGGGCAGCACGCGCUCAAGACGAGACAUUCUAAAUGCACUGACCUACCAAAUGAGACACGUCAGAGGAUCGAGAAAGCCUAUGCGCUGGACAUGUGUGUCUUUUAUCCAACUGACGCUCCAACGGCCUGCAGUGGUUUGUCUGCGCAGGAGCUUACUGAACGCUACAGGAACUGCACGUUACGGGGGUUCAAAAGCUUGCUGCGUGUGCACCGACAGCGCUGCGACUUAGCGGACUUAGCGGCAAGCCGGAACAGCCACGACAAGUCAAGUCUGCAGGUGCGUGACGCAGCUGCAGAGGUAUGCUGGAUGUACUUCGUGAGAUAUGCUGAGAGUCGGCGCUUGAUGAAGCUGUAUCGUAGCUGGGCGGACGUCCACUGGCUCCGCUCGCGGCUGACUGCGGCAUGGCAGGCCUGGCUCCAGUGGUUCCGCAAACGCGGGAAGGUGCUGCCCAUGCACAGCGCUCCACAGCUGCUGGCGGCCUGGCGCUGGCUUCGGAUCCAUGCAGCCUGCGGUCACAAGCCGUGCCACACGCUGCAACUUCCAGAUGCCGCUGCGGCUUCCCCUUGGCAGCCCGUGGCCGCCGAGCUUCUCUUCGGCCCGGCCCCCUUCGACGUCCACCCGCACCACAUGCGGGCCAUGCAGCAAAGCUUGCUGAUCCUGUUUCGAAGCGCAUUGCUGAAGAAGAUCUUCGGUUCUUGGCUGACAGAGGCUGCGAAGACCGCUGGCUUCUCUCGUCGUGCCUUGGAGCGCCAUCGCUGCGGCUGGCUCCACGCUUGGAAGGCCCAGGCUUCUGUCGGCCGUCAGCUGCGCGACCGUCAGCAAAGUUUGGUCGCGAAGAGAGUGGGGCGCUCGCGAUCGCUUGCCCUGCAAAGCUGGAAAACGAGGUCGCAGCAGAGAGUGCAGCAGCGACGGCGGGUCUGCGACUUCCAUGUGGCGAUCUGGCGGCGGACUGGCCGGAGGUUCCUCACGGCCUGGCAUCUGCUGCAAAGGGACGAGGCCUUCGCUCGCAGGGCAGCGCAGCGGAGGCUGCGCUGCAAGUUCCAGGCCUGGGUGGCCCAGUGGCAGAACAACCGACAGGAGGCGGCGCUGCUUCGGCUGUCGGCGCUGUGCCUGCGAAGGCGCAGUCUCCAGGGCGGCUUGCAUGCCCUUCGCCUGCAGGUCCAAAGACAAGCGAGGCGGCGAGCGCAUCACAAGGUCCGCGACCAGGCCGCGGCGGCUCGCCGGCAGCUCUUGGAGGCUUCUUGGGCGGCGUUGGUGAAGCAUGCGGAGCAGCAGCGGCUCAGAAAGCUGUAUCAAAGUUGGGCGGAUGUGCACCGCCUUCGUGCGAUGCUGGCAACUGCGUGGCAGGCUGCUGGCGUGGCUCAGCUGGUUCCGCAAGCGCGGCAAGGUGGUGCCCAUGCACAGCGCCCCGCAGCUGCUGGCGGCCUGGCGCUGGCUCCGAGUCCACGCCGCCUGCUCUGCCCAUGGGCAGAGGGUGUGCAGGCCCUGACGGGCCGCCCUCGGGACGCUCUUGCGGGCCAGGGUGUGCGAUGA